AUGAAAAUAUUCCACCUUAAAAUGUUAUUAUUUUCCUUUAUUUUUAAUACAUUUUUAUUAUCACAAAAUGUAAAUUACCGAAAUAACCAUUAUAAAUUUAUCCCCAUACCAAAUAACAUACAAAGGACAGCGACCAAAUCAAGAGUGUUAGCAGAAAUGGAGAGACCAAACAAUCCUCAUUAUCAUAAUGACCCAGAACUCAAAGAAAUAAUUGACAAAUUGAACGAAGAAGCGAUCAAAAAAUAUCAACAAACUUAUGAUCCAUAUGAACAAUUACAAGAACUGGUAGAAAAAAAAUGA